UAAGACGUUAUAUGGAUUUUAUUUAGGUACUAAAUGUGUGUUUGUUUUUUAAGUACUUCGUACUGGAAGGCUAGGUUUUGCAGUUGUUGAGAGUAAAGUGAAGUAUCCAGCUCCUCUAACAGCAACAUGAACUGGCAAUCUGAGCCCAUUGUGAUAGACAAGAAGCUUCUAGAGCAGGCAGUUGAACACCAGACUGGGUGUACUGCCAAGGCAAAGGGAACCCACUUUAACGAAAUGUUGUAUCUAAAUCUGCAAGACAAAGAAAUCGUGAUGAUUGACAACUUAUGGGAAUUCAAAUCCUUGGCCAAGCUUAAUUUGAAUAACAACUUCAUAGAGAGGAUUUGGGGCCUGGACUGUCUGGUUAAUCUGACAUGGCUCGAUUUGUCAUUCAACAAAAUAAAGAGAAUUGAGGGUCUGCAGUCUUUGCGGAAGCUUGAAAUGCUGAAUUUGUCCAACAACAGAAUCUCUGUCAUUGAAAACAUGGAUAAACUUGAGAAACUCACUCAUUUCUCCAUUGCAAACAACCUCCUCGGACAGCUGGACAAUGUGCUCUAUCUCAGGAGAUUUAAGAAUCUGUUCAACCUCACCCUAUGUGGAAAUCCUGCCACUGAGGAGGACCGUUACAUAUUUUUCAUUGCUGCCUACUUUCCAGACUUGAUGUGCCUAGACUACAAGAUACUUAAUGAGAAAAUAAAAAAUGAAGCAGCUAUCAAAUACAAAAAUGCCCUUGAGGAAAUGAGAUGUGAAGAGCAGCAGAAAAAACAAGCUGACGAUGCUGAGCAAAGCCAGAAAGCAGAGCUCCAAUUACACACAGAUGCUUUUGUGGAGUUCCUCAAUGGGUCUUAUCUGUUUAAGAGCAUGUUUGAUGAUGAUCCAGCAGCAGAGACACUACAAUGUAUGCCUGAAGUGGCUGAUCUGCUUCAAACAUUUGAGCAGAAAAUGGUGGCGUUGUGUAUGAAGUUAUUUGAAGUAGGCCUGGCUGAGCAUAAACAAAGAGAGAUGGAAGUGACCGCCUUCUUCUCUGGUCAUACUGAGACUGUGAAGUACUACCAACAGAAAGCAUCACACAUACUGGCAAAUUUUGAGCAGCAACACAAAGAGAGGUUACAGAAGUUGCAGCAGUUGUCAGACCCAGAUUUACUGAAGGUCGAGAUCAAUGGCGGCAAUGAUGAAAACAACCAACUCUGUAAAAGCUUAAUGUCACUGAAGUUUCCGCUGAUCAGCCAGGUGGGGAGGUUACAGAGGUUACAGAAGUUGUCAGACCCAGAUUUACUGAAGGUCGAGAUCAAUGGCGGCAAUGAUGAAAUCAACCAACUCUGUAAAAGCUUAAUGUCACUGGAGUUUCCGCUGAUCAGCCAGGUGGAGGAUUUCAUCAAAACGUUGGACCUCAGCAUCUCAGAGAUGGUGGGCAACUUCAGUGAAACUGUUCAAGGGAUAUUUGCCCAAUGUCGAGAUCUGGAAGAUAAGUACCAUCAAAGUUUGAAAAAAUUUGCUGUUGCAACUCUGGAAAAAGUGGCCACGGACAGCCUGGACGAGGAGGAGGAGUUGGACAUGACAGAUGAUUUUAUAAUGCUGUUUACAGACAGAGACACGGUAAUGGAUGUACUGGCCACUGGCCAUGACAACCACCUGAUGAAGAUCAAUGACCGAGAGACUCUGUUAGUUACACGUUUAAAUGCCUGGAAAGCAGCCCUCAUUAAAGGGAUUCAAGACAAAGAACUUAAGCUACACCGCAUUCGUCUCUCAGACAUCCACAGAUAUGCUGACUAUCUGAGGAAGCAGCUGGAGGAGAUGCAGUAGCAUCAUCAGUCACACAUUCCUCCCCAAACAUUCAUUUAUGUAUUUUCACAACCUGACUGAACAGCUGACAGACAAAUUAUACUAUGUACAAGUAAAAACUGUUAUCUUUUAUGAUUUUUAUAGUUGUUUCUUAUGCAAUAAAAUAAUUCCCCCUGGCCUGUUUAAUAGUGAAAAGGGGUAUUUUAAUAACCAUUAUAUUGUUUUAGUAUCUUGCCUUGCCAAGUGAAUACAUGUGCAUGAGGUCUAUGUGUUGUACAAACUGAUAUCACAAGAAAAUGAACAGUACAGAGGGUGUAGAUCAAAAACAGAAAAGCAAAAAUAUAUAUUCAAGAACAUAAAAUACUGUACUGUUUAAGGUUUUAGGCACUAAUAGUUUUUAUUUUUAAUUACCUUUAUAUGAAGUGCAGGAAACAAAAAACCUAAAUA